CAUCCAAAACAACAAUAAAGAGGAGAAUAAAGAAUAAACACAAGGAAAAAAAAAGAUUAAAAAAUAAAAAAAUGAAUAAGAACAUGAAGCCUUCCGGUACUCUGAUGGAAACCUUUCCGGCAAUGUUCCUUCUCGUUUUAGUUGCAUCUUUCAAUAUGGUUGGAGCCCAACGUGGUGCGGGUCAACCCGGUAUGCCUGCCACAGGUCCUGCUCCUGCCGCCGCCGGCGGUUGUUUGUUUGACGUCACAAAAUACGGUGCCGUCGGAGAUGAGAAGACAGAUAUGUCAGCGGCGUUAGUGAAAGCUUGGGCCGAUGCUUGCGCGUCAACCACUCCGGCCACAAUCGUUGUUCCGACGGGGACAUUCUUAUGCGGGAGGACAGACUUGAAAGGCCCAUGCAAGGCUCCGGAAAUCACAUUCCAAGUUCAGGGAACCAUCAGUGCCCCCGCCGACAUCUCCGGCGACACGUGGUUCCUCUUCGACAACGUCAACAACUUGAACAUCAACGGCGGCGGUACUUUCGACGGGAAAGGACCCGCCGUAUGGCAAACCAAGAAGUCCGUUGCUGUGACGUUACGGUUCAACUACGUGAGCAACGCAUUCGUCCAAGGGAUAACGAGCAAGGACAGCAAGAACUUCCACUUCAUCAUAAUCGGAGGCAAGAACCUGACGUUCAGCCAGAUCACCAUCACCGCCGCGGGAGACAGCCCCAACACCGACGGAAUCCACAUGGGGAGAGCUUCUCAGAUCUCGAUCCUCGACUCGAACAUCGGUACUGGCGACGACUGCAUCUCCGUCGGAGAUGGAAUCUCGGACCUGACGGUGACGAACGUGACGUGCGGUCCCGGCCAUGGUAUCGCCAUCGGCAGCCUUGGGAUGUACAAGAAUGAGUCGCCGGUCAAAGGGAUCCACGUCAAGAACUGCACUUUGACCAACACCCUCAACGGUUUGAGGAUCAAAUCCUGGCCCGACAGGGAGGUUUGUGAUGCGUCCGACAUCCAUUUCGAUGACAUCAUCAUGAACAACGUCUCUUUCCCUAUCAUCGUCGAUCAAGAUUAUUGCCCUUGGAAUACAUGCAAGAACACGGGGCCAUCGAAAGUUUCGCUUUCGGAUAUCAGUUUUACCAACAUUGUGGGGACUUCGGGAACUCCAGAGAUUGUUCACUUGAACUGCAGCAGCCUCCAUCCAUGCCAGAAUGUGCAGCUAUCUAACAUCGACGUCAAGUCAACCUCCGGACCGGCAACAUCUGUGUGCUGCAACGUGAAGCCGACCAUUUCAGGAUCCAUCCCACCAGGAUGCUAA